GCACGUUUUCAAACCGAGAGGAGGGCAGGCCAGGGCAGCAGCACAUGACCAUUCUCCGACGUGAAGCGAACAACUAAACCCGUCUCCCAACAGCUCCGUUAGGUUAGGACACUCUGUUCCGGUGUGAUGGCGACCCCCCUCUGGGUGUUGGUGGUGCUCGUGUCUGGGGCGGCUGCGGGACUCUUCUUUAGCGGGGACCAGCCUUGCUACCGGCCCCGUCCCCGGGGGAACGGCUUCGGACUGAGGACCUCACCUCGUCCUCACGAACUGAUGAACCUCUCCGACCUUCCCAUAUCAUGGGACUGGAGAAACGUUAACGGCACCAACUUUGUGAGCACAACCCGGAAUCAGCACAUUCCUCAGUACUGCGGCUCCUGCUGGGCCCACGGCAGCACCAGCGCCAUGGCAGACCGUAUAAACAUAAAGAGGAAGGGGGCGUGGCCGUCGGCCUACCUGUCCGUUCAGAACGUGGUGGACUGCGGGGGCGCCGGGUCCUGCCACGGGGGGGACCACUCGGGGGUCUGGGAGUACGCCAACACGAACGGCAUCCCCGACGAGACCUGCAACAACUACCAGGCCAAGGACCAGAAGUGCAAACCCUUCAACCAGUGCGGCACGUGCACCACCUUCGGGAAGUGCAACAUCAUCAAGAACUACACCCUGUGGAAGGUGGGCGACUACGGCGCCGUCAGCGGCCGCGAGAAGAUGAUGGCCGAGUUGUACGCCGGAGGGCCAAUCAGCUGUGGCAUCAUGGCCACGGAUGAGCUGGACGCCUACACCGGCGGCAUCUACUCGCAGUACGUGGAGGAGCCCUCCAUCAACCACAUCGUGUCGGUGGCCGGCUGGGGCGUGGAGAACGGCGUGGAGUUCUGGAUCGUACGCAACUCCUGGGGAGAGCCCUGGGGCGAGCAGGGCUGGCUGAGGAUCGUCACCAGCGCCUUCAAAGGAGGAAGUGGAAGCAAGUUCAACCUGGCGCUGGAGGAAGACUGCAUGUACGGCGAUCCAAUCCUGCCCAAGAACCGCCACUAGAGGAGGAGGUGGUUAUAAGAUUGCGCAAAAAAAAGGGAAUAUCAUGAUUGCUUUUAUUUUAUUUUUUACUGUAGUGCUUUUGAAAAUGUCCACUUUUUACUUUUCUGUAGCCUUUAGCCAGAUACGCUGUGGAAACGACAUGUUUACUGCCGCACAUGCUGAUGUACAUAAGUAGUUGAUGAACUAGAAGACUACUAGCCUAAACUUCAAUCACUUUUGAGCUGAUGCUAGGGCUACCAAAGAUCCUGUCACCAUCUGCGCCUGAUGCAGUGUUAAUAACAGAAUGAGGUGUGUUGACCUGCUGUACUUGUGUCACUAGUGUGUACAUCCGAUCAAAUUGUAAGAGUUUGUCAUGUUCCAUUGAACUACACUGUGAUUUGCCUUUCUUCCUGCAAUGCGAGUCAAUUUAAGAUUGGCAUUUCCGAAAUUAAAGUAUUAAAUCAA